GAAAUAAGUUUUUCUGAGUGAACAGUAUCGUGUGAUUUAAGGAAGAAUAAUUUAUAAUUAAAAAUUCGAUCUUGAUUUCACAGAAAUUUUGUAUUUAUAGUUCAAACAGUACCACACGUAAAUGGCAACCAUGGAUUUCAAUAAUAACAAAUACAAAUCUCUAAACAAAGUGCUGUCACUUCACUUUCAUUCUUGCCAAGUUGAUCAAUCAAUUUUGAGUAUUCGUUUUAUGAACAGUUCUCGAAUAGACGACUCGAAUUCAACCAAAGUAGACAGUAUAGGGAGUAAUAUAGAUAAGUUCUCGUCUCAGUUUCCGCAAAUUUCUUUAUUCAUCAACUGCCUUAGAGGUGCCCAGUUGAAGCCUUGCAAGAAGAAAAUGCUGAAUUCUACCAUAACUUUUUAAAGUAAUGAUUCAAUCAAGUUACAUCACAUAUCAUUGAAAAUGUUCCAAAAAUUGAAUAUGUGUAUCUAAUAUAAGAAUAAAAUAAUUAUUGGGACCAACAGUGCAAAUGCAAAAAGUUUUGAUUUAUCAGAUUGAAAUGGCUCAUUCAGGAAAACAACCCCUACUUCAAGCAGGGCAAGAUAUGGAUUCGGAUUUGGACAAAGAUGAUAACUCGGAAAUUAUUCUUCACGCCAGCACAAGAGAUACAUCAAGGAUAAUUCCUGGACAAACUAGAGACAAAUAUUAUUUAACCUACUUCAGCUUUUAUUUGUUAGGAAUUGUUGUUAUUACACCUUGGUCGUUUUUUGUCACUGCAAAUGAUUAUUGGAUGUAUAAGUUCAGAGAUGUGAACACUAAUGUUUCUUCGUUUAUGAACGAAAAGCAGACUAACUUGCAGGUUGAGUUUACUUCUUUUCUCAAUGUAGCAGCAUCUGUACCUACCUUACUCUUUUUGAUCCUUAAUAUUUAUUUAAUCAAAAGGGUUUCUCUCAGUGCCAGAGUCCUGACUGUGAUGAUAAUAAUGUUAUUUUUAUUUAUUAUGACUGUGUUUUUUGUUACUAUGAAUACUGACAAAUGGCAAGAAGAAUUUUUCGUUUUGACAAUGGUUACCAUGAUUGUCCUUAACGGAUGUAGUGCAAUAUUGAGCGGAAGCAUAUUCGGAAUAGUUGGAAAUUUCUCUGCCAUCUACAUAACAGCCGUCAACAGUGGUCAGUCCCUUGGUGGAAUAUUCGCAGCCAUAGCUGAAAUCAUUUCACUUGCUAUCGGCGCCUCAUCUACACAUGCAGCUUUUGUUUAUUUCAUCAUAGGAUCUGCCACCAUAUUCCUGGGAAUUAUCAGUUACAUCCUGAUGGUCAACACCAUAUUUUUCAAGUACAACAUUAGAGUAAAGUCUCUGGAAGAUUACUCUGAUUCCUCCAGUUCCCAGUUCAUCAAGGACGUCGAUUACAGUUUGAUUUUCAGAAAAAUCUGGACUAUUGGAGUAACUUGUUUCAUGGUCCUCUUCACCACCACUUGUGUCUCACCUGGUGUUACUGUGCUGGUCGAGUCUGAAGGAAAGGGUCAUAGUAAAUGGAGUGAUAUCUUCUUUGUUCCUGUCAUCAACUACUUACUGUUCAACGUUUCAGACUAUAUCGGUAGAUUAUCAGCAGGAAGGUUCACUAAACCCAAAAAUUUGAUCGUUUUGGUAGUAUUGAGUUUUUCGAGAUUGAUAUUUGUACCCUUACUUCUCCUGUGUAAUGCCCAACCAAGACAUCAUCUGGACGUGGUUUUUUCGAGGGACUAUGAAUUUAUAAUUAUAUUGGCGCUGUUUGCAUUGACCAAUGGAUACUUAGUAAACGCAGCUGUUAUAAAGGCCCCACAGCUGGUGGAACAGCAUGAAACUGAAGUUGCUCUUUGCAUAAUAUCAGUUUUUAUUGGCUUCGGUAUGGCAUUUGGUUCAUUGUCAGGAUACUUAAUUGUUAAACUUCUCUAAGACUAAGAAUGAUACAAAAUAGCAUUUCUGUAGAUAUUUGUCCACCCAGUACCAAUUGCUGAUAGCAAGGUAGGCAGGAAUUUAUGUAUAAUUUGGUAUCUCAAUAUGUUAUAGCAUUUUAAGAAGCAAACAAAACAUUUUUCAGGAAUUUAUUACUGUAAUAUAUAGAACAGUCUAUUUGAAGACAACAAGUGACAGAUAAGGUGUAUGAAGCAAUGAAAUUCGGGUUUGUAGAAAAUUCGAUUAUGUAUAUUAUUGUUACAAACGAAUUCCUGUUGAAAUUUCUUGAUUUGGUAUUUAUAUAGGAGUCGUACAUAUCCUAGAAUUCUAAAAGUUGACGGUUGAGAUUUGAAGCUAUUGGACCCAUGAGAUAAUUCAUGUUAGGUUUCAUGGUUCAUUUCCUUCAACAACAAGGGAAAGAUAUGGCAUAAAGUAAUCAAAUUAACGAAUUGUAACAAAUAUUAUAUCAUUUCAUUGGAACUCACACAGAGUUUUAUUGAUUUGAUCAUUCCAGACAAAUACGUUUGAGAAUUUUAAGAUUUGGCUGUAAGGGCUGCUGGUUGUAAGGGGAACAGAUAAAUUCGUUUCACAAGCACAUCAAUUAUAUUAUUUUAUGCUAUAGUCUUUGAUCUGUGGUCAGUAUUCAUGGUUAAUUAACAAUUUUACCUAUUACUUCAUUAAUAAUUGAGAAACAGAAGGUUUCAACAGUAACAGAACAUAACUGUUAAGUUACAGUAUAUUUUGCAAAAUAUCUUGAUUUUCCUUUAAAAUUUACAUAAUUUCUUAGUUAUUUGAGAAAUUUUCCUUCAAAUUGAAAUCUGAAAAAUGUUUUGGAAUAUAGACUAUUGAUUCCAGUGACGUUCAAUGUGAUUCAGUUGGGUAUAUAUACUAUAUAUUAAAUUGAUUUAAAUCAUUUAAGUUCGUGAAGUUAUAGCUUAAAAUACUUAGUGGUGCUUAAUAUAUCAAGUUGAGCAUAAUAUGUAUAUCAUAUUAGAAAAGAUGUUAGAUAAAUGUCAUUAGAAUAAGUUCAUUUAGUUAAUUUUUCAGAACAUUCCUUAAAAGUGAGGUUAGUGAUCUUGUUCUAGAAUUGACAGUCUGUGUUCAUUUUUAUACUGGGUAUAUUUUAUCAAGAAUCGUCAUUAAGAUACGUUUGCUCAUUGGAAAUUUAGAUCUUAAUACUUUCCAUCAUUUACUACUGCUGUGAAAUUAUACCAGUUCAUUUAUUUUUUCCAACUACAUUCAUUUUCCCAUCUUGUUUUCAUUGGAAAUAUUAAUUAGUUGUAUUUUGGAGAUUUCAUAUAUGGAAAAUGUUACGCAGCUUACUUUAAGGAUGUUCCUUCAUAUUUAUUCAAAACAAAAGCAUUAGAGCAGAAUUUUGUUCAGUUAUUUUUAUGAACAUUAGAUAAAGAAUUUAACAAUUUCCAGAAAUGUAUUUUAACAUUUUGUUAUCUGAAUAUUUUGAAUUAAAUACGUUUAAACCCUGUAUCACAAUAAGCCAAUUUCUGAGCCUGACAGUGUGUGCUUAAAGUGCACACUCCUUUAGGCUUAUUUUUGACUCUUGAUUCAAGCAUUCACCCGAACUUUUCCCCCUAAACUGUCAAAAUGCAGGCCGACCAACACUAUUUUAUAUCAAUGUCUCAAAUAUUUAUGUACAAAAUAUGAAGGUCUGUAAUAGAGUAGUAUGAGUGACAUUAGCUGAUACUCCUCUAUUAGCUCUGAAACAAAUAUGGAAAAAGUAUAGUGCAUUUUGCCAGUCAUCCAUCAGAAAUAAGCUCAGAAAUAGACAUGAAAAUAGAUGUCAGAAUAGACACAAAAAAACCUCAGGUGAUACGGGGUUAACCCUUUUGACAGCUAAUUAUAAAAUUAAGUAACUAGAUUCAGUUAUUUGCUGAAAUUUUAUUAUCAGCGAUGGUUCUCAUUUAUAUUUUAGUUUUAAUUCUCCUCAUUCUUUUGUGAUUAUAUAUACAUCACAUACAUGUACAAUUUCUUUAUUUUUAAAAAAGUUAUACGUAUUUCAAAAUUUUAAGAAUGUUAUACAUUGUUGUUAUAAAAUUUUGAUUUUUAGUGUAACAAGAAUAUCUUUAUCUAUGGUUCUAUGAAUUAUAUCAUUAAGUUAAUUGACUGUGAUGUUGUGAAACUAUAUACUACUUAAUUUAUGAAAUAUAGCAAUUAUAUUUAUACAAAUGUUAUUUUUUUGUUAUCCAUUCAAUAGCUUUAGAUUACUAAUGUCUAUGUCAUGUAUAAACUAUGUAAUUGUUCCAAAACAAAAUGUACUAUUUUAAGAAUAAAAUGAAUGAAUUGAAACUCGUC